CCUAGAUAUCUGUGAAGUAAGGACACAGGAUAAAGGCGGUGAAAACGUUACUUUUUAGGUGUUUUAACAUAAUGGUUUUAUAAGUGAAAGAAAAUCAGCAACGGCAGACAUAGCAAACGGAAAAUUUGAUUUAAGUUCAAGUUUGCACUUGUAGUUUUCCAAGAAUUUUUGUUUUCUCGAAGUUCUUGAAAUAUGCAAAACUACGCAGACGUUUUGAAGGACUUUGUAGAGAGGCAUGCCACUGGCCUUACAGUCGCUGCUGUUACAGGAAUAGGGAUUCUAGGUUUGCGAAGAUGGAUGGCAGGAGGAGUGUGUCGGAGCAAGGCCAGGCUGGAUGGCAAAACAGUCCUAAUUACAGGAGCUAACACUGGCAUUGGAAAGGAGACGGCCAUGGAUAUGGCUCAGAGAGGUGCCAGGGUGAUCAUGGCCUGCAGAGACAUUCCCAAAGCCUACAGUGCAGCAGAUGAGAUUCGUCAAAAGACUGGGAACAAUAACAUUUUGGUAAAGAGACUGGACCUCGCUUCGCUGAAGUCUGUCAGGGACCUGACCAAGUAUGUCCAGGAGAAUGAGAAACGCCUGGACAUCCUUAUUAACAAUGCAGGUAUCAUGAUGUGUCCUAAGUGGGUGACUGAAGAUGGCUUUGAAAUGCAGUUUGGUGUCAACCACUUGGGGCAUUUUCUCCUCACAAACUCUCUUCUCGACAUGCUGAAAAAGUCAGCUCCAAGUCGUGUUGUUGUUGUUGCAAGCGUUGCACACGUGACAGGUCGCAUACACUUUGAUGACAUUAACCUAGAUAAAAACUAUGAUAAUUUGGUAAGCUAUAGGCAAAGCAAGCUGGCAAACAUUCUGUUCACCAGGGAACUGGCUGCAAGAUUACAAGGCACCGGUGUGACAGUGUACAGCCUUCACCCUGGAUUCAUUCGCACAGAGUUAGUUCGCCAUUUAUUCCCCCACUGGGCUUGGUGGAAGAAGAUGAUAGCCUCAGUCUUGAUGAUGAUUGUCAAAAGUCCCUGGGAAGGAGCCCAAACCAGCAUCUACUGCGCAGUGGAGGAGAGUCUGACAAACGAGACCGGCCUCUACUACAGUGACUGUGCUCGCAAAAAGCCUGCAGCUGAAGCUCUGGAUGAUGCUGCUGCCAAGAGGUUGUGGGACCUUAGUGCCUCCAUGGUUGGUCUUGCCUAACAUGGCCUCUAUGCUUCUAUAACCACUUCCUUCCAGUGGUGUUGGUAUCCUCGUUUACAUGAGUGAACAAAGGGCUUUAAUUCAUUAUAAUGUUUUAAUCACUGAAGGGUAUUUUAUUAAUUAAUAUUUUUCACAUGCUUAUAUACUGAAGCACUUUGAUGCUUUUAGCACAAUUAUUUGCACUAUUUACUUUUAUCCCAAUGUAGUCACACUUGUUAUAAAGAAGUGCUAAGCUUUUUUUUAUAUAACACUUUGUACACUUCAUGAUUGUUUUCUUUAAUUGUACCAGGGGUGUAAGAGUACAUGUAUUUGUCCCAAACUGUCACAAUCUGAUGUAUGCACUCAGAAAAAAAACAAAAAACUUCAGUUACAGGCCAUCACAGCUCUUGUACACAAGAGGAAGGACAUGUAGGUUUCUAUUGUUUAAAACUGCUGCAGAAAAUGAGUGAAUGGAAAUGUUAGUUAAGAAGUUCAAACCAAAGCAAUACAAGAAGGACUGGUAAUGAUGCCGGGCACACUGUAACGUUUGUAAAAUCUAGGAAACUAAGUCCUUUGAAAAAGCUAUACAACAAUAGGUUCAAGCUUUAUCUGCUUUCUGCUUGCGAUUUUUACAAAGCCCUGGUUUGCAUUUAUGAGUUAAGUUGUUAUUACUUCAAAAUCUCAGGGAUACUUAGGUUGUUCUCCUAAGUGUUCAGAACUUAAAGUUACAAAGUUAGUUUUACAUUUGUGUGUGUGAACAAACGUAUGACAAAAACAACUUCACUUGGGAGGAUCUGGCACCACAAAAUGUAUGGUUGCCCUCCUUUUCAAGACAAAAUCUGUAUUGUUUGUUUCUUUAAAUGACAACAAGCAACCUUAAAUCUAAUAUGUUACCAAGAAGCAAAAUUAUUCUAAUUAGUUUAGCAUAACUGUCUAAGUAGACAAAUUUUACUGUUGAAAAUAGAAAAUAAGACUCCCACUGACAUUUCUGUCCAUUUAAACAGGAGGCAUUUUCUACUUCAAAACAAAGCCAUAAAUAUUUCUCAACACUAUAAAACACUGAUUCUCAAACUAUGUCAUAUAAAUCUGGCACUCUGUUACAGAGACGUAAUAGAAUGUUGCUUUAAGGUUCUAAAGAUAAGCUCCCUAUACUAAAGGUAGACAUUUAAAAAACAUACUUUUUUAUUGUACUUUUAUUUAGGGCACCGAAACUAACUGAUGUAAUUUUGUGCUUUAGAUUACACGUGCCUGUAUCAAGCAUCCCAGCAAUUUAGGCUCCUCAAAAGGCUAUAAUCUACAAAUUAGAAAACUGAAGAGUAUAAAAAAGCAGCAAACCAAAAAUCAACCAGUUAACCACACAUUUGAGAUGGACAGUGUCAUGACCUACUGCUAAGGAGCAUUUUUUAGGCUCUAAAUUUAAAUUGCAAGUUGCCCCCAAGAAACUUGACAAGUGGCACUUGGCAUUGAGACUUUGCCACAUCAGGUAUACAGUGAAGACCUAACAUUUUGUUUAUCUGGGUUGAAGUUCUUCAGUUCUGUAUUAUUUAUAUAAAAUAAAGUCAAAUUAACUAAUCUAAUAAUCUAAUCUAAUAAUCUCAGUAAACAUUUAGUCUGAGUUUUUUCACAGCUUUGAAAUUAGGAAUGAGUGAUAAGAUUGAAAAAUUUUAACCCACUAUUUUAGGGGAUUUAUUGUGAGGACUCUACAAAGCAUUAGAAAACCAACCCCAAACUGAAUCAUUGGAAAGUUAGACUUGCACAAAUAGUGUUCUAGCAAAUAGACCACACAUGCUAUCAAAAAGGCCUUCUUACCCCACUAAUUGCAUUAAAAAUGCACAAUAUUUGCACAUUUUGAAACAUAAACAUAUGAUUUAGCGAUGCUUCCAAAAGAAAACUGGCAUUUUGCAUAAAGAAAAGUUACCUUAAAACCAAGGCACCUGUAGCACUGUGAUUUAUGCGUACCAUUACACCCCUAAUUAUGACUUGGAUGUUCUGAAUAAUUACCAUUUGGUUGAUUGUCAAUAAUUUCAUAAAGUAAUUGUUUAAAAUUGUUUUAAAAAUUUAAAUGCAGGGCAAAAACAUAUUCAUAUCUUUUAAAGGAAAACACAAGAGACAAUUAUGGCUUUAAAACCUUUAUUAAUGGUAUUUAACAAUGACAAACAUGCAUUAAAGACACUUUCUUUUGUUUUCAUGUUCAGUUCUGUGUCAGCUUAAUAAGUAAAAAAGUAAAAGUGAAGCAAGAGAUUUCGUGUAAAGGAAAUGGCUCUUGACCUGUACCGACAGCACUUUGAGGAUUGUUGCACUUUGGAGGAGAUGAGAUCCUGGGAAUGUAAACGCCUCCGGGGCUCAGAGUAGAUAGGAAGAACAAACGCAACCAAGAGGAUUAAACAGCUCACCCUCGCAUGACAUAAUGUUGGUGAUGCUAUGACAAGGCUGUUCUUUUUUCUUUAAUAUGAAAAUUACCUGUGUGAUGAUGCCAACUGAGCUCACAAGGUGCUAAGUGUAUAAUAUUAAGACACUAGUAGAUAGUAUAUAUUCUCACCAAUAAAGUCCAAAGAAAAUUUG